GACGGCGCAGCCGGCGCCUCGAGCACCGUGCUGCACGCCAACGGCACAGCGAUGGCGGAGGACGCUCUUCACGCCAUCGCGGCCGUCGUCGUGAUCGGGCUGCGCCCAGGAGCUGCGCUGCUUGCGGCGUCGGCCGCUAGCGCUGCCGCCACUUCGUCUGCCGCCCCCGCCGAAGGCUCCUCCCCCAAGGAUGGCGCUGUCUCGACCGCCGCCGCGCUGGUCGCCGCGUUGCGGCCGUGGCUCGUGCACGCGCAGGAGCACGAGCCGCUCUUGUGCGCGCUUGCCAACGCUGAGGGAAGUGAGAUGGGUGCUGCCGCGCCGGCCGGCGCUCGCGGGGCGGAGGUUGAUCACCGUGUGACUGCCGCGGCUUGGCCGCAAAGCACGCCGCCCGCCAAGCCUCCGCCGCCGUCGCUCGUGACCGCGGUGCGCGUCGCGUGGUGUGCGACGCUGGAGGCGCUCCCGACUCUCGGUACUGACGAGGAUGACGGGUCGGCGGGGUCUGGCAGCGGCGCGCUCCUUCGCUCGAUGGCGGGGGUGGUUGAGAUUGCACUGCAGCGGCAGUCAGACGAUGGGAUCCGCGCAGCGACAUGGAAGUGGUGCGCCGCGCCGCGAGCGCGUGCUGCGCGGCUUGCGUCGCUCGGGAUUGUGGCCGCGGCGUGGGACGACGCAACGCUGCGCCAUUUGGGCGUGUCGCGGUCGCAGCCCGUCCCUGUGCGCCCGCCGCCGCCCGCGGAAGGGGAAGUCUCGGCGAAACGGCGUAGGCUCCUCGAUCCGGGCUGAUGUGUCCUAUUGUGAAUGAGGGCCGUCUCGUUCUUUUUUUUCAGUGUCGUAGAUUGAAUCUCGAGUAUCUCUUGGGCG